AUGAGGCAGUCCCUGGACGUGACUUUUGUGGGAACAGUAGACUACGCGCUCGCCAUCACAACAUCGAUGAGAGGAAAAGUCUCUGGGCGGUCUGCAGAGGGAGUCGUGUUUCCGCUCGGCUCCUCUCUCCAGGAUGGUGACCAGAACGAGCCCAGGGAACCCCUUCACCUCCUCCCAGCGGAUCUGAACCAUCUCAGUCCUUUGUGGGGUUCCACAGGGACCUCAGACCGACGCAGACCAAGGGCAGAGCGAGAGAAACCUCUGAGGGCAGAGCGAGAGAAACCUCUGGGGGCAGAGCGAGAGAAACCUCUGAGGGCAGAGCGAGAGAAACCUCUGAGGGCAGAGCGAGAGAAAUCUCUGAGGGCAGAGCGAGAGAAACCUCUGAGGGCAGAGCGAGAGAAACCUCUGGGGGCAGAGCGAGAGAAACCUCUGAGGGCAGAGCAAGAGAAACCUCUGGGGGCAGAGCGAGAGAAACCUCUGGGGGCAGAGCGAGAGAAACCUCUGGGGGCAGAGCGAGAGAAACCUCUGAGGGCAGAGCGAGAGAAACCUCUGGGGGCAGAGCGAGAGAAACCUCUGGGGGCAGAGCAAGAGAAACCUCUGGGGGCAGAGCGAGAGAAACCUCUGGGGGCAGAGCGAGAGAAACCUCUGAGGGCAGAGCGAGAGAAACCUCUGGGGGCAGAGCAAGAGAAACCUCUGAGGGCAGAGCAAGAGAAACCUCUCUGGGGAGAGAAAACACCUUUUUUGGAUUAA